CGUUUUUUCGUAACGAAAUAGAAAAAAAAAUAUCAUUUCUAUCAUAAGCCAAAAAUAUCCAACUUUAAAUCUCUUGUAUCCAGAAAUAAUACUCCGUGCAUAUAAAAUGUACCAACUAAAUCCUUAUUCAUAGCCCUUGAGUUAUUUCUCCUUAUCAAGAAAAGUGAAGAUGUUGAAUCUGUCAAAGGAAAAUCUAUACAUCAUAGAGUUUAGGUACCUUGACAUGAUCACAGUUGCAAUGCUUUCAAUUGGUGUAACAAUUCUAUUAUCAAAAGCUUGGACAAAGAUCAAAACUAGGAAAGGCGGCAUUCCUGGUCGGCUUGGAUUACCUUUGCUAGGUGAGACCUUUGCUUUUCUUUCAGCUACUAACAGCACAACGGGAUGCUAUGAAUUUGUUAGACUCCGACGGCAGUGGCAUGGGAACUGGUUCAAGACGAGGAUAUUUGGUAAGAUCCAUGUGUUUGUCCCAAACACAGAAGGUGCAAAAAUAAUUUUCGCUAAUGAUUUUGUGCACUUCAACAAAGGAUAUGUGAAAUCAAUGGCAGAUGUUGUCGGAAAGAAGAGCUUGCUAUGUGUACCACAUGAAAGCCACAAAAGGAUCAGGCAUCUGCUAUCUGAACCUUUCUCCAUAUAUUCUUUAUCAAACUUUCUUAAGAAAUUUGACACAAUGCUCUGCCAAAGGCUGAAGAAAGUAGAAGAAAACGGGAAAAGCUUUUCGGUCCUUGAGUUCAGCAUGAAGGUGAUUUUCGAUGCCAUGUGUGACAUGCUGAUGAGCGUUACUGAGGAUUCCUGGUUACGGCAACUUGAAAAAGAUUGUGCAGAUGUUUCACAUGCCAUGUUAUCAAUUCCUGUAAUGAUUCCAGGCACUAGAUACUACAAAGGCAUCAAGGCACGUAGAAGACUCAUAAAAUCCAUCAGUGAAAUGAUUGCUAGAAGACGAAGGGGAAUAGAAUUCCAUCAAGACGUCUUGCAAUCCAUUCUACAAAGGGACUCAUAUCCAUCCACUGAAAAACUUGAUGACUCGGAAAUCAUUGACAACUUGUUGACAUUAAUAAUUGCAGGACAAAUAACCACUGCAGCUGCAAUGAUGUGGAGUGUCAAGUUCCUGGAUGAAAAUGAGGAAGCCCAGGACAGGCUCAGGGAAGAACAAUUGUUGAUAGCCAAAAAUAAGGCAAAUGACGGCUCACUUACCUUGGAAGAUCUUAACAGCAUGUCUUAUGGAUUAAAGGUUUUCAAAGAAACACUGAGGAUGUCAAAUGUUUUAUUAUGGUUCCCGCGUGUGGCAAUUAACAACUGCAUACUAGAAGGUAACUUCCUGCAAAUCUUCAUUGUCCAAUUUAAAAGAGAAAAUGCAGUUUUCAAUGGAGAAAACUCCACCACUCCCCGGGUAAAAUACAUUAUUUUCUGUCUUUAGUUUACUUAAAAAAUGUCCUACUACUCGAUCGGUACCAAAAUUUCACCAUUCAAACCUUUACUGGAAAUGUU